AUGGGGAGCAGCGAAGAAGCCAUGCUACCGCCCUCAACACAAACCGCAAAGACCAAGAAUAUGUCCAACACCACCACCACCACCACUACCACGCCCACCACACACACAGACCCCAUGCUUGUCCUCGUCCUCCUCGCCCUCCCCCUCGAACUUCUCCUCCUCCACACCAUCACCCACGCGGACCAUCGCGGCAACCCCAUGCAUGUCCUCCUCCUCCUCGCCCUCCCCCUCGAACUUCUCCUCCUCCCCACCAUCACCCACGCGGACCACCGCAGCAGUAAGAUCGCUCUUGUAAGCUUGGCGCAUCCCCUCCCCCCUCCCCCGCGCACUGGUGGUUUGGAUAUGGGAUGGAAGUGGCGUGUAGCAUGUCCCUUGGAGUUGGCCAGAAUUAGAUCAGCGGGCAGCCAUCCGUGGUUGCAUAUUCCACAAUUCCGCCCCCGCAUCGCGCCCCCUCUUCCUCUUGCACGCAAUACGCCGGCCACCCCAAUCAAGCGGGCACCCCAAUGUCGCCGGAACGACAAUAACACGCGCAACGCCCUUGGACCGGCAAACACAACCACCACAAAACAACAUCGAAACGCCCACCUCCGGUCCCAAGCCCAGCCUGCGGUCGCUGCCCGCUUACUCUGCCCCAGUUGAUGGGGAGAGCAGCUUGGGGGCCUUAAGCUCGCAGGC